AUGCCACUGAAGUUCGACACUACGGAACAUGACACGACUAAGCCGACCAAAUCCGAUGAAGAAGUGGUUGCAACGACCGGAGGCCUCACUGGAAGGUCUGUGCGUUCCGGCGAGACGUCCCCGCGCGAAUCGAUGGACAAAGAGAACCCCAUUGAGUUGCAGAAAGUCAGCCACGUAGCUGCAAGCUCAGACGGGAUCAACCACGAUGCAACUACGCCCUCUUCGUACUUCCGGCGAUUCAAAUACCUCCUGCUCUUCUUACCCAUCGCCCUCGCCGCACUGUUCGAUCCACCUCCCCUUGAACACGGAUUACGCGCGGUCUGGAAGUCCGUCUCCAGCGUUCCAAACAUCUCCUACGACCUAUACAACGUGCUGCUCUGUCUUCCUCUUCGUCCACUCAGUAUUGGAUCAGAUCAUGCCUCGUGUCUCGUCGCCGAGCUUCCCAACAUGCUUGACAACAUCUACGCUUUUCUCGACUCCUACGUCAACCUAUGGCGCACAUUCGGCAUCUUCUUCACGAUCAUGUUCUCGGUUUUGUCAUGGCAAUAUGUUCGCAUCAGCAUCGCCAUCCUCCUCGCUGUCAAUAUACUGCUAUUGACUGUGUGUGACAUGCAGAGACGUGACAUUCAGGACCUGGACAUGCUCAGGUUGCAGCUCAUCUCCUGGCAGCCACCAUCCUGCGAAUAUGCAACUGCAGCAAGGUGUGAAGGCUAUUUCGCGUCUGAGGAGUUUGAUGCGAAAGUUCGAGAUGCAGUCGCAUUGCAUCGGGAGCAGAUGAUGCAGGCUGAUGUUACCGGGCAUGAAGAGGGAAGGCGAUCGGGUGCGCAACAGGAGGAUGAUCUGCAAGUGGGGAAGAAACCCGUGCUUCAAGGAAAGAAGAAUACUAUCACUACGAAACCUGUGACUGCUGUCGUCAUGAACCGUUGA